CGCUGCUGAACUUCCAAGUCUAACUGCCUCACUGCUCCCUGCCAUUACAAGCGUUUACGACGAUGGGUAUUCCCAAGUUUUUCAGAUACAUAUCAGAGCGCUAUCCUCUAACGUCCCAGCUUAUUCAGGAAAACAAGAUACCCGAAUUUGACAAUCUCUAUCUGGAUUUCAAUGCAAUCAUUCACAACUGCUCACAUCCGAACGACGACGAUGCCCAUUUCCGACUCUCAGAGGAACAAAUAUUCACGUCAAUUUUCGCGUAUGUCGACCAUCUUUUUGGAAAGAUCAAGCCAAAGAAACUCUUCUUUAUGGCUGUUGAUGGCGUUGCCCCGCGCGCCAAGAUGAAUCAACAAAGAAGUCGGCGGUUCAGGACGGCAAAGGAGGCAAAGGAAUUGAGAGAGAAGGCGGAGGCCAAAGGGGAGAAACUUCCAGAGGAGAAGGCAUUUGACAGUAACUGUAUCACUCCUGGGACACCUUUCAUGACCCGUCUCUCCGAACAACUACGAUAUUUUGUGAACAAAAAGAUAACUGAAGACUCAAAUUGGCGGAACGUGCAAGUGGUUUUGUCUGGACACGAGGUUCCAGGCGAAGGUGAACAUAAGAUUAUGGAGUACAUUCGACUUUCUCGGGCACAACCAGAUUACAAUCCCAAUGUCCGUCACUGUCUCUAUGGCCUGGAUGCCGACCUUAUUAUGCUUGGCUUGUUGAGCCAUGAUCCACAUUUUUGUUUGUUACGUGAAGAAGUCAAAUUUGGCCCGGCGUCGAAGAAGAAAGGAGGAACCAAUUUGGAAAGUAUCAACUUUUAUUUAUUGCAUAUAUCUCUCAUGAGGGAAUACCUUGAUCUUGAAUUCCACGAAAUCGAAUCCCGGCUACCAUUCCCCUAUAGCCUUGAACGUGUCAUCGAUGAUUUCGUUCUUCUGGCUGUAUUUGUGGGGAAUGAUUUUCUCCCAAACUUACCCGAUCUCCACAUCCACGAGAAUGGCCUGGAGAAGUUGUUUGACGUGUAUAAGACGGUUUUACCUGGACUAGAUGGAUAUCUUAAUGAAGGAGGAAAAAUCAACCUUCUACGGCUGCAAGUGGUUUUGGACGAAAUGGCCAAAUGGGAGCAAGAAGUAUUUGAGAAGGAAUAUGCGGACCUAAACUGGUACAAGGGGAAGCAAUCUAAGCAUGUACAGGAGAUGGAGUUGGCGCGUGAACGGUCAAAAUUAGUAUUGACACGCCCGCAGCGUGUAAUUUUUGAGAAGGUUCAUGAAUUCGUGCUGGGCAAUGACAAGAAGGCCAAACUAGCUAUGCCGAACGAUUUUCCUGCCCGGGAGCGGAAGUUCAUUGGCUCUUUGGCAGAAGAACUUCAUUUGUCCAUCACAUGGGAUGAAUACGACGAUAAUGUCAAUUUGGUUACCUUGAGGUUUCCGGGCGCUUUUGAGGAGUCGUCUUCCUCAGAGGACGGACAAGAGGACGGAAAGAAGGACGGUGAAGAUGAGGGAGAGUGGGAAGAUGUCGACGAAGAAGACGAAGAAAGUAAAGCCGCCAUUGAAAGGAUCUUGAAGAAGUAUGCCAAGGCGCCUGUGAUGGAUGAGGAUGAGGAUGGGGGCUUCGAUGCAAGACACGAACGAUCUAUCCGGGAAAAGAUGGAUGAAUGGAAACGGAAUUAUUAUAAGGGUAAACUGGAAAUAUCAUAUGAUGAUCCGAAGGCAAUGGGCGCCCUCACUUAUCGAUAUGUGGAGGGCCUUCAAUGGGUCAUGCAUUACUAUUAUAGCGGAGUGGCGUCAUGGGGAUGGUUCUACGACUAUCAUUACGCACCUAGGAUAUCAGAUCUUCGAGAUGUAGACAAGAUGACGUUCAACUUUGAACUCGGAGAGCCGUUCAGACCAUAUGAACAGCUGAUGGGGGUGCUGCCUGUGGCUAGCAAGGAUCAUAUACCGCUAGCAUUCCAGGAUCUUAUGUAUGACCCCAACUCACCCAUCCUGGAUUUCUACCCCUUAGAAUUUGAGCAGGAUCUCAAUGGGAAAAAGCAAGACUGGGAGGCAAUCGUUAAAAUUCCUUUCAUUAACGCUGAACGUUUACAGAAAGCCAUGGCCUCUCGUGAACAUCGGCUGACUCCUGAAGAGAAGCGACGCAAUGGCUUUGGUACUAGCACCAAGUUCACGUAUAGAGUUGGCGGCGAACCUACUCUAUAUCCUUCUUCUCUCCCCGGUUUUUUUCCAUCGCUACACCGUUGUAUGUGUGUCAUGGAACCUUUCGAUCUGCCAACGCUAGAUGGACUGCACCUCGUUGAUGGCUUGGUUGAGGGCGUUUCACUGGGCGUUGAUGCGCUCGCUGGGUUUCCCUCCCUCAAAACCCUGCCACAUACAUCAGUCCUUGGUUUUCAUGGCGUUAAUGUGCACGGAUCGGAGAGUAGAAAUAAAUCAAUGGUCGUGCACAUUGAGAAUCCACACGAAGGCCGGAAGAUUGCUGAUAUCGUCAAUGAAAUGGUCGGAGAAAGGACGUUCAUUGGCUGGCCGUUCUUACAGGAAGGCUUAGUUGUGGCGGUUUCGGAUGCUCUCUUCAAAUAUGAGAAGAUGUCCGUGGUCCCCGGGACUGCCCCCAAAGUUGUGUCAAACCCGCAUUCUCCUCAAGGCCUAAACUUUUGGAAGAUGAAGGCGGAGCGAAUAGAGCAGGUAUACUCGAAGAAGUGUGGGGUGAUCACGGGAAAUGCGGAAGUUCUUCUCCAUGUUCGGCCAUUGAAAGGUUUGAAGCGCCUUGAAGAUGGUGCCUUCGUGAAGGAUUACGAAGGCAUCGAGAAAGAAACGGAGCAGGCGAUUCAGAUGACCUUAGGACAUGUAACAUCUGAAGAUCCCCGGUAUAUUGAACGCCCUGCGCCGCCACUGUCAGAAGAGUUCCCAGAUGGGAGCAAGAUCUUCUUCUUGGGUGAGCAUGCUUAUGGCGUUGCUGCGCAAGUUUCCGCCACUACAGAAACGUCCCUUUCUGUAAAACUUGCAUUAUUUCCAUCCGAAAAGUCCGAGAACGACAAGUUCAAGGCGAUUGUCCAGGACCGGACUUCUGAGCGGUAUUAUCCUUCAUUCAAAGCAGCCGAGAUAGUCGGCAUUUCUGGGCGUGCGUUAUCGAAAAUAACGUCGAGCUUCAUGGUUAUAACUUCGGACGGCGUGAAGAAUAAUCUGGGUCUAAGCUUGAAAUUCGAAGGGAAAUCGAUGAAGGUGAUUGACUAUUCACGCAAGGAAGGUCGGAACUGGGAAUUUAGUGAGAAGGCAAUCAAGCUCAUAAUAGAUUACAAGACAAGGUUUCCUGAUAUCUUCCGUUCACUUGACAAGCCCGGAGAUGCAAUGGCCAAAGCGCCGGAAGCACUGCCAGGACCGGAUUCCGAUGGGCGUGUCCGAGAAAUCAAGGUCUGGCUCAAAACUCAAGGCGUUCGUGACUUUGAGCCUGUAUCUUUGUUUUGCGAUCAACUGACAAAGAGCAUGGUCGAUGAGAUCGAGAAAACGGCUGACUCCUUCAAUGCCAAUAAGUCUCCCACGGCCAUCAAGAAGGUAAUCGUUAAAGGUAUUCCUCGGCAAGCCGUUCUCAAGCCUGCUCACGCCGUGUAUCGCCUUCAAAAUCAACACUUUGCUCUUGGAGACAGAGUCACGAUGAUACAAGAUUCUGGAGCAGUGCCCUUGGCCGCUAAAGGCAUUGUCAUUGGGUUGAAUUCCAAAUCUAUGGAUGUGGUCUGGGACGUUCCAUUCAUGGCAGGAACUACAUUAGGUGACAAAUGCUCACAGUAUCGGGGAUUGACCGUUGACUUCAACUCAUGUCUUAACUUGACUAAUCCCCAGUUUGUCACGCCUACCAACCCUAAGGCACCUUCGUCACCAGCAAUUACAACACCUUUCAAACCGCGUUUUGGCCCAUGCCCUGCUAUUCUACCUGCAUCGGGACAGCCAGCCGCCUCUGGUUUUCGGCCAGCUCAACCGAGUCAAAAGCCGUUCUCGCCCAUUUCCAUCAUGUCGAAUCCUCAAAGAGGUCGUGGUGCAUACGUAAACGGACGCGGCGCGGUGCCGACAGGAGCUCCUCGAUCAUCAGUGCCUCCUUCAAAAGAAUCAUCUGCCCCAUCUAUGAAUGGGACAGCUGUGAAUUCCAGACCAAUGCGUGGUUUCAACCCUGGAAGAGGACGGGGAGGAUUUGGCCCCGGACUUCGGGGUAGAGGAGCGUUCACUUCUAACAUUGAUCGUGGUCGCGGCAAUUCUUCGUAUCGAGGUCGAGGCCGUGGGUCAUAUGCCGCUCCUUUGCCAUCAUAAAGUAUAAGCUUCCAUUCAGCUACAGAUGUAUCCCUCCAUGAUCGUGCAAUGGUGUUAUUGCUACAGGU